AUGACUGCAAAAUGUAUGGUGAUAAAGAAGGCUGAAGAAGAUCAUACGGAAUUUUUGGGUUUACACCAUGUCGGCAGUGACAAGAAUUUUGAUAACUGUGUUACCAAGGAAGUGAGGGGCCCGCAGAUACUGAAGAAGUUCUUAUUACGUCAGUGGAUUCCUGCGCAAGGAGGAAGAGAACAGCAACCUGAAUCAUUAAUCCUUUCUCCAGUACGAAAGAAUCUACCUUCGAUAUCAGUCGACGGGAUACUGCUCCACGCGGCAUUGUUGACAGUUAAUCUGAUUUUGAAACUGGGAGGGUGGCCCGGUCUGUUGAAGUUCAUGCUAAGAACUUUCGCCAUCAGUUCAGUAUUGGCACCCAUCGGCCUGAUAGGCUUUCUUUUCCUGGUGUCGUUUACCCCGCGUAACAUUAAAUCUUUAUCAAAGGACAAGUCCGUUAUAGGGAAGCCCCUUCUCUUCCCCAUCACGCUUGACCACACUCGCCUGUCGCCGAUAAAAAACAAUUUCACCUUCAAUGUUUUGUUUGUUGGAAUACCUGUAGGAAUCAGUUGUCGAUUCGGGCGACUGUUAUCUAUUGAUGCCAAGCAUACAGAUGAAGAGGAGUGUACUGAGAGAUCUUCUCUUCUGAGGUUGUUACAAACCUACUUUUCCAGCUGGUUCAGCUUUGACUCAGCUCGGUACCUCCACCGUGGUGAUGAUACCCUCAGCUUAGAGAAUAAGCUAAAUAAAUUUCUCAGAGAACAGAACGAGAACCCUGCCAAAUGGCCGUACGCGUAUAUGCUGAGCGUACCGCGGUUCCUGUGGUGGGAACGGAGCGUGGUGACAUGGUGGUAUCUAUAUUCGGAAAGCAAGGAAUUGGACGCGGUGAUUAUGGAGAUCAACAACUCGUUUGAUGAGAAGAGAAACGUAUUAUUCAAGGUGCGGCGUACCAGAAUAUAUACUGAAAGCCCAGAAAAAGGUUUUGAGCAACUCUUGGACUGCAAAGAGGAACAUUUAGAUGAGGACAAAAGGGUAUUUUCGCUGAUCCCACAACAUGGGAAAUAUGCCUACAAAGCGACCUGGAAAAAAGAGAUUUUCUCCAGUCCAUUUGAAAAAGUUGGAGAAACAGUCUCUAGCACGUUUCUGGACCCUGUAGUGCCCUCAUCAUGGUCAGGAAAUCGAUCUCUCUCAAAUACGACGACCUUCGAUCCUUCUGGUGCCCCUAGAAUGAUAGCAAGGCUUUGGUGCAAGGUACCACCCAUCGACCCCGGCAAGGCAUCCUCUUUCCAAAUAUUUAGUAUCCUCUUGAUAUGGACUGUGAAUGUUACUUUGGCAACACCGAGAAUUCUAUUCCAAGCUAUUCGGCUUCACGUCAUGAAUCUCAUGAGGAUGAUGGAGCACCCGGAUGUACGGCCUGGAAGCGAGCCAAGACGUCCGAGUAAAGGGGAAAGGAAAGAUGCACCACUCAAGAUGCUACAUAGCCUAUUUGAUCUACAUGCUAACCUACAAAGCAGGAUGCUCGAACGAUUCUUUCGAGAAUAUCUAAAACACAUAGUUGCCUCUUACCCAGGCGACUUGGAAGUCACCUACAUACCUUGUAAAUCAGUAUUCAAAACCACAAUUUGCCUAAGGUCUACACAGUACUCCGCAGAAGGUCAAGAUCCUAGGCGGCUGAGACUUGAGGUUAUGGAUCCUGCCUUUUAUUCUAGAAUCGUCAAUUCUCCGAAUGCAGGCACUGCUAUGGCGAAGGAGACAAAACCUGGAAGGUCACCCGCUGAUGCAUUAUCCUCUCCCGUCAUUGCAUCCGAUAUAACUCAAUCCCUACAGCUAUUGGAUGUGACGGUAUCAGAGAACAGAACCUACGAUAAAGCGUGUUCCAGAAUAUCGUCAUGGGUACUAUGUCUCCGCCGUUGGCUGACUUCCUCAUUCAUGGAUUCCUUUGUUUGCAAGGCUCUCCCGCCUCGUACACAAGAGGAAUACGUCUCAUGUCUGAUCCAACUAUGGCUGGAAAAAUUGACAUGGGACUUCUUGAGUCCUCACCAGAUAUACCGCGUGAUUAGGGCUGCGAUGUUGCAGUGGGCUAUAUGCUGGAUACUAUUCUAA